AUGUUUAGCUUCUUCAAACGCUCAAAGUCACAGAAAGGAAAACAAAAACACGAUAAACUGCAACUACCACCUGAAACGCACCAGCAGCCAACGGAGGAGAGUGGUCGCAGCGGGGGUUCGGUAAAAACUGCUUCCGAAGCCGUGCGGCCGCCCGCAGAGCCGUGUGCGAAGGUUGCGUCUGAUGCGUACGCAAGCGCAAAUGUGUUGCGGACCGGUUGCGUCCAAAACGGUGGUAACCGUGCGCCAAGAAGUCAUGCUGGCGACGAGGAAAACCGUGCUAAAAAUAGCUCUACUCAACCACAACUACCAACACACCCAGCAACCGGAUCGCCGGCGAUGGGAAGCGGAAUUUUGGCACCCUUGGUGUCUGGGGAUGGAGCGGUGGGGCAACGGCAAUUGUUGCCCUCGAGGUGGGUUGCAUCGGACGGCACGGGAAGCGCGAUGGAGGCGGUGCAGGAAAACCUUUCGCGCGCAGCAACGGGCACGAUCAGCAUCGAUGUUAGUUCGAGUGGUCCUACGUACCAGCACGGUUCGGUCGCGAACGAUCCGCACCGAGACGAAUCCUCCCAGCGGGCGAUCCCCGACCGUUACGACGGUAGUCGCGAAACUUCGACCAGCCCGAUCGAUGACAGCGCGGACCGGGCACGGGAAACGCAGCCCAACGCGACCAGUUCGAAUCCGUACGCGCCACCGAGUGAAAGUGCAAUGGCGAAAGGGAAAAAUCGACGCCGCUAUCAGCAACCGCAGCAGCAGCAGCAACAGCAACAGAAUCAGCAACACGCGAAGCAACAACAGCAGCAGAAUGCGCUCAAGCUGUCCCUGCCGAAAGGUGAUUCCAGCGGAGGUCAGGAUGCGUCCCAAGGCAAGACACACCUGUCCAAUCGCACCAACACGAUCAACAUCGUUACCGUCGAACCGAUCAAGGUUAUAGAGACGAUCGUGGAGCGGCACCAAGGAAACGGGGAGAUCGUGCCCAACCUACCGAACGGCGACGUCACCAUAUCCGAUGAUGACAAACCAACCCGAACAGUCGAACCUUUAGCGAAGACACACACCAAUGACGGCGUAAGCGUGGCGCUAGUAUCGCCGAACGCAUGCGCACCAAAUGCGACACCCAGCACGCAUACUACCACACCGCACGGUGACAACGUCGGCGCGGAACAGCAGUUAUUAAAUAUCGAAAAUAUUGCACCCACCACCAAGAGCGAACGACACGAACACCACGAACCUGCAUCAGCCGGGAUACAGCGCACAACUACACCGGCGACAGUGCCGGUGUGUGCGGAUCGUGCCCUCGGACCGUCGGAAUCGACGAUCCUGACCGCCAGUAGUAAACCGGUCGCGAACCUUAACAUAUCGGAGGUGACGGAUGUCGCCAGCAGGAGCAGUUCUCGAGUAGAAGAGUUAGUGCCCGAGCGUACACCAACCAUCCAGGAAAUGGGCCAACAGCCAAGCCGUGCCGGCAGCGAACAACGGGCCCAAACGACAGCUAGGUCUAAGUCAACGUCACCACCAUUGGCGCCACCGCGCAACCAGCGCUCGGGUUCGGUUCUUCCGGUGCUUGAUCUAGAGGCGGCGGCACGGCACGCCGGUGGCGGUACCACCACAACCGUCGUCAUCGUGCAGGAUGCUGCUGGGGACGAUACUAGCGACGAUCGGGAUGUCUUCUACGAGGCAAAGGAAACACUCUCACCGGUGUCGUCCGGGUCGAUUGCUCAGGGUGAGCGAUGCGCUGACUCCAGUGCGACCGGGACGCCGGAACCGAUCCGCGCCAGUCUGGUGCUUAAGCUUGCCGAACCGGACGUCCGGAACCAGUGCCAGCGGGAGAGUCCGCAAAAGAAGCAGGUCAGCUUCAAGCUGACGCAGAACGGUAGUGACGAUGUGGAAGUGACCAGUGUCGACAGUAGUGACGUGGACAGUGACAGUGAGGGACGGUCGGAACAGGUGAUCACCGCACCGAACACACGCUCAUACAGUGGCAAUCGUACUGCAUUUAGUGAGAGUAAUAACAGCAACCCCGUCAAGCCGUACGGUAUCUGUGCGUAUCCGGGUGAAACGGGCAAUAAUUAUAUCGAGUUUCAAUACGAUCACAGUGCGUCGGAUGAAGCGAACCCGGAGAAACUUACCGCCAGCGGCGGAGCGCUGGAUGGCGAGACGCAGAAAGCGCCGAAGGUGGACGGUGGCCAGCUACAGACGGGUGUCCUGAUCGAGGACAGUGUUGCCAGCCUGCCGGAUGUGGUACAACCGUCCAACAUUGAACCGCUCGGAUUUUCCACCGUCCUACCACCGACCUCCUUCAGCACCGUUGAGAAGCUCAACAGUGAAAUGAAGGAUCUGGUCAACCAGGAAUCCCGGUACAGUGCCAAGCUUGAGGAGGCCGAAAAGCGGGUCAAGGAAGCGAACGUUAAGGUCUACGAACUGCAGCAAAAGCUCAAUGCGGUCGAGCGAGAUGCGCUGCUCAAGGAAUACAAUGUGGAACGUUUGCAGGCGGAAUUGGUGGCCGCCCUAAAGGAAUGCGAUGGAAUACGGGCCCGGCUAACGACGCAGCAGACCGAGAUGGAAACGAUAAGACUGAAGGCCUCCGACCGGGAGGAUGAACUUAAUCUCAAGUAUCAAAAUUUGGAAAUAGAACAUUUGGAGCUCACCGAAAAGCUGGCGGAGGUGCGGAAGCUAGCGCACGAUCUCAACAGCCAGCUGAUCGAUGCCAAAUCCGAGGUGGACCGGCUGAAGGAGGAGCGUCAGAAGCUGCUGGACGAGCGUACCGAGGAGCAGAAGAUAAUGCGCGAAGCGCUGGAGGAGUCGGUACGCGAGCGGGCCCAGGUGGAGGCGAAAUGGAAGCAAACGUUCGAGCAGCUGCGCGACGUGAACAAUGCGCGCGAGGAAGAUCUGAUGAAGGACUGUGAGUUUACGAUCCGUAACAUGCAGAAGACGUGCAAGGAAAAGAUGGAAACGGUCGAGAAGGAGCGCAAGCAGGCACUGGAACAGGUGACCCGGUUGGAAGAGUUGACCCGCCAGCGAACGGACGAGGUACUCCAUUUGAAGUCGUACGAGGCGGAGGUGGAACAGCUGCGCGGACUUACCUACGAUCAGAAGGAGUCACUCGUCAGUAUGACGCGACAGGUGGAAAGUUUGAAGGCGGAACUGGAAACGGCCUACAACAAGCUCGAAGAGGAGAUGGUUAAGGUGCAGCAGAUUAAAAAUCGGUGUGAAUACCAACUGUGCGAAAAGGAGCGAGAAGCCCUGAACCGGAUAGAGAUUGCACGGGGUGAAAUUGCGAUGCAAUGGGAAGAUCGGCUAUUGCACGAGAUGAACCGGCUGAAGGUGGAGCUGGAACAAACGCACAUGGAGGAGCGUACCUCUGCACUCGAGAAGCUUCGACGCGAAGCACUGGCAGAAACGGAAGCCAUGAGCCAGCGGUUUAACGAACGUGAGAAGCAACUUAAAACUGAGAUCGAAUCACUGAAAGUGAAACUAGAGCAGCAGCAGAAGACAAUGGCGAACGCACAAUCCGAUGCUGACCAAAAGCUGCUACAGUCCCGGAUGUACGUCGAACGUGCCGAGCGAGAACACGAGCGCAAACUGGCAAAAGAAAUAUCCACGAAGGAUGAAAUCAUUGAAAACCUCAAGCUACAGUUUGAGCAGGAAAAGAAAGAAUUGGAGCAGCAAUUCAGUGAUAGAAUUCAGCAGGUACAGGAAGAGUUCGCACGGGAGAUAUCCGACACGACAGAGUUGAUGAAAACUGCACACAAAAAGGAGCUAGAAAAACAGUGGAAAGCACUCGUUGCAGAGAAGGAAGAAGCACUGCAUCUGAUGGAUGGUCGAAACCGAAACAGACUUGAAGAUGCUGAGAACAAAGUCAGAGAACUCACGACCAGCCAUCAGCGGCAGCUGAAGGAUCUGCAGGAAGAGCAUAGCUUCGUCGUGCAAAGUCUGGAAUCGCGGGACACGAAGAACGCACAAGAAAUUCAAACGCUCCAUAAAAAGUGCCGCUGCCUAACGAGUCUUUUCGAAGAGAUGCGUCUACGCUACGAACGGCGAGAGCCGCGCAUGGAGGACUUGCAGCAGAUCGAAGAGUUGAAGAUCGUGAUCGAGUCGCAGGAGCGUGAUCUACGUUUGCUCACCGAAAGGCUACGGGAGAUGCAAAUGCAACAAAUGCAGCACGACCAGCAUCCACCGCAAACGCCAAGGCGCUCGAAACCAAAUCGAGGAAGGCAGCAAAAGCAGCAGACGAAUCAGCAACAGCAGACCGGUAACAACAGGCAACAACAACAGCAGCAGCAGCAACUUCAACCUAGUAAACAGCAGCAGAAAAAAGGACGUCCACAAUUGCCUGCAAUGGAAUCGGUACAGAAUAAUCAAACACCAUUAGUAGAGGAACACCGCGAAGAUGGCGAGAUCGAGUACGAGGAGUCACCGUCGGAGAUACCCGAGGUGGUAAUUGUUCCAUCCUCUCAAGUUAUACCACCCAUGGUACACCGGACACAGUGUGAAGUGAUUUACGAGGAAAAUGAAGCCGACAUACUGCGCGAAGAGGAGGAAGCAGCACAAAUGGUCGAGCAGGACGAGAGUGUUAAUACAGCCGUGGAGCAAUCGAACGUAGAGAACGAAGAAGAGGAUACGGAUGAGGAAGACCAGGAAGAAACGGUAACAGUGGUGGAUGUACCCGACCAUGCGAUUCAAACCGAAGAUCGCGUGAUACAUUCGACAACUCCGACAAUUAUUGAAGAAAUGGAUCUAGAGGACGCACAGCAGGGCUGCGUACAAUUGCCGGAAGGCAUGACAACCGAAUUCGUAAAGUCGAUAACUGUGGUACCGAUCGAAAACGUAACCGAACCAAUCGCCCAAUGUCCGCGCGCAUCUUCGGCACCAAGAAUUGUCAUCACCGAUGACACGGAGAAGGACACCAAUAGCCUUGAAAGUGUGGUGGUGGAAAUAUCCGAAGAUUCUUCUCCGGUUGCGAUAGAACUACCGCCCGUAUUUGCCAAACCAUACCCGGCUACCUCCGAUCUAGGAACCGAAAGCGUUGGAGAUAGUGCGCAGACGGUUCCAUCUGCUCCGGAGGUAUCCGUAGCCCAUCUGCCGGAAGGAGCGUCCGCGGAAGGGCUACCCAUAGACUAA